AUGUUCGAUACUCUGGGUCUAUCGUUUGCUCUACUUGUCAGUGCGGGCGGUGCAUUUGGUUACUACAAAUCAGGUCCGAAUCAUUUCCAUUUUGAGUUAUGACCUCUAGGAAGCGUCGCAUCUCUAGUAUCGGGUCUCGCCUUUGGUGUCCUGCUUGCCCUUGGAUCUUUCCAAUUGGGUCAAGAUAAUCGGAACGCCACCCUCCUCUUCGGUACUUUUCACUUUGCCACUUCGGAUAUUCAAUUUCUUCUGUAGUGUCCAGUGGGAUCCUGGGUGCCGUAAUGGGAUUUCGUUUCGUCCAAACGGGAAAGCUGAUGCCUGCUGGUGUCUUCUGUGUUCUUAGGUAAGUACUGAAUAUAUAUCUUGACCUUUUUUAAAUAGCUUACUCAUGGCCAUUCGCAGCGCUUACGUCGCAUGGAAGUAA